ACUUAAUGAUAUAAUUGUGAUUAAUGUGAUUAUCAUUUGAUUCAUUUCCAUAAUUCCACCAAAGUACUAAACACAUAAAAUCUGUUUCUCCUUCCCUCCUCUCUCUCUUCCCUCUCUCUCACACAAAGACAUUCUUGGAGAAUUUCUAACCUUCUUUCCCUCCACUCAACUUAUACUGUUACUCACACCAACUUCAAUUCAGUUAAUCUAGUUUCUUCCCCACAAUUUUCCCACAUUUGUUUGAUUAAAUUUGAUAUAAAAGACCUCAAAUUUGUUGUAAUUUUAAGCAAUGAAACGUGGGUAUCAAGGUUCUCCAUCUGGUCCUCCUCAAUCUCGAUCCAAACCCAACCCAGAAGGAGAUGGGGUAUUCCUGGAGGAUGAGAGUACAAAAAUUUUUGCUCGGAAAGUAGCUGAUCAUUACAGUGCAAGAACAAACCAGACAUUGGAAGAACGAGAAGCAAGUCCUAUUAUCCAUUUGAAGAAACUUAACAAUUGGAUUAAAAGUGUAUUAAUUCAGCUUUAUGCUCGUCCUGGGAAUGCUGUUCUUGAUCUUGCAUGUGGAAAGGGUGGGGAUCUUAUAAAAUGGGACAAGGCAAAGAUUGGAUAUUAUGUUGGAAUUGAUAUUGCUGAAGGCUCGAUAGAAGAUUGUCGUACGCGGUAUAAUGGCGAUGCAGAUCAGAAUCAGCGUCGCAAAAAGUUUAAAUUCCCAGCCCGCCUCUUAUGUGGAGAUUGCUUUGAGGUUCGACUGGACAGAGCAUUGGCAGAGGAUGGCCCCUUUGACCUUUGCAGUUGCCAGUUUGCCUUGCACUAUUCAUGGUCUACUGAGGCACGUGCACGGCGAGCUUUGGCUAACGUUUCAGCAUUGCUUCGACCUGGUGGCAUCUUGAUUGGAACAAUGCCUGAUGCCAAUGUUAUUGUCAAGAAGUACAGAGAAGCGGAAGGUUUAAAAUUUGGAAACAGUGUCUACUGGAUACGAUUUGAUGAGGAUUAUGCUGAUAAGAAAUUUAAAGCAUCCAAUCCUUUUGGUAUCCGAUACAAGUUUCACUUAGAGGAUGCUGUUGAUUGUCCUGAAUGGGUUGUCCCUUUCCAUGUCUUCAAGGCACUGGCUGAAGAGUAUGACUUUGAACUAGUCUUUGCCAAAAACAAUCAUCAAUUUGUCGAAGAAUAUUUGAAGAAGCCAGAAUUUGUUGAUCUUAUGAGGAGGCUGGGUGCUUUGGGUGAUACCCAUGAUAAGAGUGAGUUCCAUACUUUGGUGGUGAUAUUUCUUCCUGCCCUCUCCGUAGUUUUUGUAACUUGUACGUUGUCACCGGAUGAGUGGGAAGUAGCUUACUUAUAUCUGGCUUUUGUGCUGAGAAAGCGAGGCCAACCAGACCAAAUGCAAAAGCGAAAUGUGAAAAAGGGUGACAACGAUACACCCAUAACAAAGGAGGACAUCAUGUACAUUACUAGUUGAGUUUAACAGAAUAACAAUUCGUGUCAAAAUUCAACUGCGACCAAUCAUCAAGCUUGUUCAGGUCUUAUCCAAGAUGCCAAAAUACUGGCAGGCAUGCAGACCUAAAACUUAAGGCGACUCGUUAAAUGAGAUUACGCAUUGGCUCAUUCAAGCUUUGCUUUUUAGUUUGAGCUCCUUGUUGUAGAGGUCGCAGAACGGGACUGAAGAAAAUGCAGUUCUUCCUAAUUUUGGAGCAGAAUUUUUAUUUUCGACGGUAAUUAACAAUUUACACAUCUUUGAUCUUACAGCUCUUUUUACCAAAAGGGGGUAGGUUAGUGAUUAUGUAACUCUUUUAUGUUUUCUGUGAGCUUGUUAAAAGAACUGCUUUUGUAUUGCUAUUAUUUUAAGUUAAUAAAAUACAGUUAUACAA